AUGCGCCUUUGCAUGAUUGCGGGAUCGCAGGAGACUCAAACUCUGGAUCGUAAGUGCUCAGGUACGUACAGAGACCACAACAAGGACGCGUUUUAUAAUGAACUCAAUACGUUGAUACCAAGCCAGCAGGCGGUAAUUGUCGGAAUUGAUGAUAAUGCAAAGAUGAGACUUGAACAACAAUCCGAUGUGCUUAGAAAAUGGUCCUAUGGAGCGGACAUCGGACAACGGAAAUACCCUGAUAGACCUUUGUGA